CAUGUGUUGGAUAAUUCUAGAAAGAGCUUCGCAGUUUCUUCUCUAAAGUCAAUCCUGCAGGAACAGAGCAGUAGAUUCACCCAGCACACACCGUGUGGACGCGUAAAGACACCCGGAGAUUUGACAUACUUUAAGCUUAUUGUUCUUUGCUGUUAGCGAACGAGAAGCUUUUAUUUGACAUUAAACCGCUGCGUGUGUUUUAUUGAGUUUUGUUACCGUGUUACCUGAGUUGUCAAAAAUGUUGAGCGUCGCCAGAAACGUUUCAAGGACUCUCCCGACGAGCAGCUGUACACGAAAUGUGUCCUCUUUGAUCAAGAAGGCAUGCCGGAGCGGCUUCCAACCAGACGCGCUCAGAGUUCUGUCCAGGAGGAACUAUGCGUCAGAAGCUGUCAAGGGUUCAGUCAUUGGCAUCGACCUGGGAACCACCAACUCUUGUGUGGCGGUCAUGGAGGGCAAACAGGCCAAGGUGUUGGAGAACGCAGAGGGAGCCAGGACGACUCCUUCAGUCAUCGCCUUCACAGCAGAGGGGGAGCGUCUGGUGGGCAUGCCCGCUAAACGCCAGUCCGUUACCAACCCUCAGAACACGCUGUACGCCACCAAGAGGCUGAUCGGACGUCGCUUUGACGAUCCAGAGGUCCAGAAAGACCUGAAGAACGUCCCCUUCAAGAUUGUUCGUGCAUCUAACGGUGAUGCCUGGGUGGAGGCUCAUGGGAAAAUGUACUCCCCGAGCCAGGCCGGAGCCUUCGUCCUGAUGAAGAUGAAGGAGACUGCAGAGAGCUACCUGGGAACCAAUGUGAGGAACGCUGUGGUCACUGUCCCGGCCUACUUCAACGACUCUCAGAGACAGGCUACCAAAGAUGCCGGUCAGAUCUCCGGUCUGAACGUCCUGCGUGUCAUCAACGAGCCGACAGCCGCCGCUCUGGCUUACGGCCUCGACAAAACCCAGGACAAGAUUAUUGCUGUCUAUGAUCUCGGUGGAGGUACGUUUGACAUCUCAGUCCUGGAGAUCCAGAAAGGAGUUUUUGAGGUGAAGUCCACCAACGGAGACACCUUCCUGGGAGGAGAGGACUUUGAUCAGCACCUCCUCCAACACAUCGUCAAGGAGUUCAAGAGAGAGUCUGGUGUGGAUCUGACCAAAGACAACAUGGCUCUGCAGAGAGUCCGAGAGGCUGCGGAGAAGGCAAAGUGUGAGCUCUCCUCUUCACUGCAGACCGACAUCAACCUUCCCUACCUGACCAUGGACGCCUCCGGUCCCAAACAUCUCAACAUGAAGCUUACCCGCUCUCAGUUUGAAGGCAUCGUGGCCGACCUGAUCCGCCGCACCGUGGCUCCCUGUCAGAAGGCCAUGCAGGACGCCGAGGUGUCAAAGGGCGACAUCGGAGAGGUGCUGCUGGUCGGAGGAAUGUCCCGCAUGCCCAAGGUUCAGCAAACGGUCCAGGAUCUGUUCGGCCGCGCUCCCAGUAAGUCUGUGAACCCUGAUGAGGCCGUUGCCAUAGGAGCAGCCAUCCAGGGCGGAGUUUUGGCUGGUGAUGUCACUGACGUGCUGCUGUUGGACGUGACACCACUGUCUCUGGGUAUCGAGACGCUUGGCGGAGUCUUCACCAAACUGAUCAACAGGAACACCACGAUCCCCACCAAGAAGGGCCAGGUGUUCUCCACAGCGGCCGACGGGCAGACUCAGGUGGAGAUCAAGGUGUGUCAGGGGGAGAGAGAGAUGGCUGCAGACAACAAGGUGCUGGGUCAGUUCACUUUGGUGGGAGUCCCCCCCGCCCCACGCGGCGUCCCUCAGAUCGAGGUCACCUUCGACAUCGACGCCAACGGCAUCGUGCACGUCUCCGCCAAGGACAAGGGCACGGGCCGGGAGCAGCAGAUUGUGAUCCAGUCGUCAGGAGGUCUCAGUAAAGACGACAUCGAGAACAUGAUCAAGAACGCUGAGAAGUACGCAGAGGAGGACAGGAGGAGGAAGGACCGCGUGGAGGCCGUCAACAUGGCCGAGGGCAUCAUCCAUGACACAGAAUCCAAGAUGGAGGAGUUCAAGGACCAGCUUCCUGCUGAUGAGUGCACCAAGCUGAAGGAGGAGGUCACAAAGGUCCGGGAUCUUCUGGCCAACAAGGACUCAGAAACAGGAGAGAACAUCAAACAGGCGGCCACCACGCUGCAGCAGGCGUCACUCAAGCUCUUCGAAAUGGCCUACAAGAAGAUGGCAGCAGAGCGGGAAGGCAGCAGCGGUGGCAGCAGCAGCGGCAGCAGCGGCGGCAGCAGCAGCUCGGGCUCAUCAGAGGGAGAGAAGAAGGAGGGCCAGCAGUAAACCUUUGCACUUUGUGUCACUGGGUUUUCAUGACAACAGAGGACUGUUGGACUUGGGGUUCGGACUGGGCUGUGAGGGAGGGGGAGGGGGGCAGGGCAGGGGGUGUCUGUCCGGAGUGACAAACUGAAUCUUGGUCAUUCUCACCGUAAUAAAUUAUUCUACUGUGUUUUGAGCAGUAAGAUACUCUAGAUAAAUGUCAGUGUAUGCUCCUCCAUGUCCUAUGAUAUCCUGUCUGUUUGUAAUUUAAUCGUCGCAUAAAAACAUGUAUGUUUAUUUUUACACAUCUGAUACUUUACUUUCUGUUGUAGUAAAAGUCUUCUUUUUUUUUUUUUUUUUUUUUUUUGUCUAAGACGUCAUGUAGGUCUAUUUUUGUUUGUUUCGUUUCAUCAUCCGGAGCAGUUCAGCUUGUUCAUGUUGGUACCACAGGAGUGAAAGUUCACACGCUUUACUUCAUAAUAGUCGAUUGUUGAGUUGUCAACAUCCCUUAUAGCCAUCUUCUAAUAGUGCACUCAUCACUACCAGAUAAAGUACAGAAAUAUUGAAGUAUAUUUAAAAACUUGUUGUCCUGAGUGCACUCUAAAGACAUAAACCGAUGCAGAAGUGCCUGUGAGAUACGAUUUCUUGCAUCUGCAGCACUUGAAGAGAAGGAUAAAUCCUUUUUCUUCUGAUGUCCUCUGAUGUUUCAAGCGACUCGUUUAAGCCCAGAGGAUGUCAGGAGUCAACUCUCAUACUGAUUAAAGGAGGGAAGAGAAAAACUAAAUGAAGUCGGUGAGAAUGUUUUGAGGAUGAGGUGGAGCUUGAGUUUAUUUUAUUUGACAAAUGAGAAUGGAGGGUCUUGAUCUGUGAGAUCUUUUAAGUUCUCCUCGUUUGUAGUGUCCAUCUCCAACAGAGCUGACUCCAGGUUAACCAGAAAUAAAGGAGAUGAAUGCGGACGUUUCAGGUUGCACAGUAGAGGAUGAAGCCUUAGUCCUUCCUUGUGUCAGACAGCAGGAAGAAGAGUCGGCCGUGUCAUUCCCCUCCAGAAGGACGUGUUGUGGCUGCCAUACACUGCGCUCUCUGUGUGUACUGAUUGUUGCUGCGUGCCGGCCUCACUCUGAUCCAGACAGGAGGCCGCCGAUUGAUUUGAAAUUCAGGGGGGAAGGUGUUUUUUUUUUUUUUUUUAAGGGGUGUGAUUAUAUUACUGGAGUGAAAAUUGAGGGUCAUGAUAUGUGUCGUCUUUUCUAAUAAAAAUCAAAAACUUUA